GGGCUGUUUCCGGCCUUUCGUCUUUCGGCUCGGGGGAGGCAAAGGUGCAACUUUCUUCGGUCGUCCCGAAUCCGGGUUCAUCCGACACCAGCCACCUCCGUCAUGCCGCCUAAGUUUGAUCCCAACGAAAUCAAAGUCGUGUACCUGAGGUGCACCGGUGGCGAGGUCGGCGCCACGUCCGCCCUGGCCCCCAAGAUCGGCCCCCUGGGUCUGUCUCCAAAAAAAGUAGGUGAUGACAUCGCCAAGGCGACAGGGGACUGGAAGGGUCUAAGAAUUACAGUGAAGCUGACCAUUCAGAACAGACAGGCCCAGAUAGAGGUGGUACCUUCUGCCUCUGCCUUGAUCAUCAAAGCCCUAAAGGAGCCACCAAGAGACAGAAAGAAACAAAAAAACAUUAAACACAGUGGAAACAUCUCUUUUGAUGAGAUUGUCAACAUUGCCCGGCAGAUGCGGCACCGAUCUUUAGCCAGAGAACUUUCUGGAACCAUUAAGGAAAUCUUGGGCACUGCCCAGUCUGUGGGGUGUAAUGUUGAUGGCCGCCACCCUCAUGACAUCAUAGAUGACAUCAACAGUGGUGCAGUGGAAUGCCCGGCUAGUUAAGAAGCACAAGAGAAACUAUUUCAAUAAAAAAUAUCAGAUAACCA